UCUCAAGUGUCGUAUUUGUGUUGCAAUAUCGCAUGGGCUGAUGAACCCCACCCUAAAGAAAAAAUCUAAUAAAAAAUUUACUUGAAUUUUCUUUGUUUAUAUGCCAAUAUUUCUUUAUCUAUAAUCUUCAAUAGACAUUUGUUCAUGAUCAUCAUUAUAUAUCGUCACUUAUAUGUGAAAACAGAAUCAACGUACACUUCAUUUCAAUUAACACUUUUCACUUUGAACUCGCGCGUCGCAUUUCCCAUUUUCUUCCUCGCGCGCGAAUUUGCUUCUGCCUGUGGAAUCUCUCCGCCGCGCUCUCCACCGACCACCACAUACACAGAAUGGAAAGUCCUCGGUCUGUCAACAGUCCAAGAAGAACACUGAGUCUUUCAAGAAAGCGGAGGGCGACUGUGUCAUUUCUUGAUUCCGAUGACAAAAACAACUCUGCCUCUGCUUUGUCAGCUGAUCAUGGCCCUAAACCUUCUGAAGUUUACGGUUUUGUUGGAUCUAUAACUACCGUUGUUGCUACAGUUAUUUUCUUGGUAUGGGCAUAUGUUCCAGAAUCAUGGCUACAUUCUAUUGGCAUCUCCUACUAUCCUAGCAGAUACUGGGCUUUGGCGGUACCAACUUAUCUGAUGGUGACCAUUGUAUUAAUGUUGGUAUUCUACAUUGGCCUUAACUUCAUGUCAACACCUUCUCCUGCAUCCAUAAACACAGUUUAUGAUGAAUUCAGUAGGGAUCCUUUGACGCUUGAUUCUUCGGUAGAGGGGGAUGAGAAGCCCAUUGAUCCCAUAUCUGAUAUCGGCAUCGACAGAAUCAAUGAUGCUAUGUUCAAUAAUUCAGCCUAACAAUCAGACUUCGGACCUGUUUCCAAUAGUAUGGUGGAUAUUCUCCCAAGCAGUUGCUGCGGAUGUGAGUUCUCGCAUGAGAUUUAGAUGUUAUAGCUUUUAGACAUGAACUUGGUUGAGUUGGUCUUGUGGAAGAAUGAUUUGGAUUCUUUUAAUUCAUAGUGAUUUUUUAGUAUUACCCUGCUAUUGCUAUCCAUCCUUGUAGUUUCUGGCAUUAAUGCACAUAGUGAUCAAACUUCCACCUACAAAAUUUAUAUGACCUGCUCUUAAGAGCAUGCCCUUCUAUCCCUUGAAAACAGCACAGACACAUCUUGGUUCAUGUUUCAGAAAAGGUGAAGAUAAUGCAUUCAAAUUCAAUGAGAAACAUCUUGGUUCAUGUUUCA